AUGGCCGUCUCCUCACGGGACAGCUGCUUCUGGUUGCUCUGGAGACGGACCCUGCUCGCGCUGUGGCUGUGCACGGUGGGAGCGCGAGGAGCGGAAGAUGAAAGAGGCUUCAAUGCCGAGUCAUGGCUGAGGAUGUAUGGGUACCUACCCCAGGCCAACCGACAGAUGUCCACCAUGCGGUCAGCUCAGAUCCUGUCCAACGCCGUCAGUGACAUGCAACGCUUCUACAGUCUGGAGGUCACCGGUCAGAUGGACGCUCAGACCAUCAGUGCCAUGAAGAGACCCCGCUGCGGUGUGCCUGACAAGUUCGGAGGGCAGAUCAAAACCAACGUGCGUCGGAAGCGUUACGCGCUCACUGGACAUAAAUGGAGCAAGAGCCAUCUCACUUACAGCAUUCAGAACUACACUCCUAAAAUCGGAGAGUACAAUUCAUACGAGGCCAUCCGGAGGGCCUUUAAGAUCUGGGAGGGAGUCACCCCGCUGACCUUCGAUGAAAUCCCCUACCAGGAAAUCAAAUAUGGACGCAGAAAGGAGCCGGACAUCAUGAUUUUCUUCGCUUCGGGUUUUCACGGAGACAGCUCUCCUUUUGACGGGGAGGGUGGCUUCCUGGCUCACGCCUACUUCCCUGGACCCGGGAUGGGAGGGGACACGCACUUUGAUGCUGACGAACCUUGGACCAUUGGGAACCACAACGUGCAAGGUAAUGACCUGUUCCUGGUGGCGGUCCAUGAGCUGGGCCACGCCCUGGGCUUGGAGCACUCCAGUAACCCCCUGGCCAUCAUGGCUCCCUUCUACCAGUGGAUGGAGACGGAUAACUUCCAGCUUCCCGACGACGACCGACAAGGCAUACAGCAGAUCUACGGUCAACCCGACAGCGUUCCCACUCAGGCGCUGCCCACCGUGCCGGCUCGCCGCCCAGAACCCAGACCACCCCAGAAUCCCCCCCGCCCCAGGACCACCGACAGACCCGACCACUACGGGCCCAAUAUCUGCGAGGGGAACUUCGACACCGUUGCCAUGCUGCGCGGAGAGAUGUUCGUUUUUAAGGGUCGGUGGUUCUGGAGGGUUCGCAGGAACAGGGUCCUGGAUAACUACCCCAUGCCCAUUGGUCACUUCUGGAGGGGUCUUCCCGGCGACAUCGAUGCCGCUUACGAGAGACACGACGGCCGGUUCGUCUUCUUUAAAGGAAACAGAUUUUGGCUCUUCAGGGAGGCAAACCUGGAACCGGGCUACCCUCUCGAUCUGGUUGAUUAUGGUCGAGAUAUUCCCUACGACCGGAUAGACACCGCAAUCUGGUGGGAACCGUCCGGCUACACUUACUUCUUUCAAGGAGACAGAUACUGGCGCUUUGAUGAGACGUCACAGUCUGCUGACAGAGGCUACCCAAAGUCAAUCGAUGUCUGGGACUCUUCAGUGCCCUCUUCUCCCAAGGGGGCCUUCCUUAGUGAUGAUGGGGCAUACACCUUCUUCUAUAAGGGCACCAAGUACUGGAAGUUUGAUAACCAGCGUAUGAAGAGCGAACCAGGCUAUCCCAAGUCCAUCCUGAGAGACUUCAUGGGCUGCAGUGUGGACCUGGAUCCCGACAGAGACACCGACUCUGGACGCAAAUACCCAGACCUAAACCGUCCACCAUUCAACCCAGACGCGGGCCGUGAUGCGGACAAGGGCAAAGGACGGGAUGGGACAGACCGCGAAGGCACAGACUCUGACAAGGGCAAAGGCUCGGACAAGGACAAGGAUGAAGAUUACAUUGAGGGUCGGGAAGAAGACACCAAUGAGGUAGACGUGGUGCUGAAGGUGGACGACAGCGAGGAACGAACCAUGAACAUUUUGAUGGUGACCAUCCCUCUGGUCCUGGUGAUGUGCAUCCUGGGAUUGAUCUACGCCAUCAUCAACACGCUGCAGAGCAAAGGGACGCCACGGCUGCUGGUGCACUGCAAGCGCUCCCUUCAGGACUGGGUCUGACCCUUAGCUUGAGGAGGCUCUGAACUUUACACACCUCCGCUCCUCUCACCCAGACCUCUUUCUGGUGAUCCAUCUGUGCUCAGUGGUUCCUGCAGCUCUUAGUAAAUGUGGCGGUAGAUCCAUCCUGAUCCAGUACUGAUAAAAACUACAAGCGAACGUAAAUUAUGUCUUACAUUUAGAGACACUGAUACACCACCUUAACCACCUCCCUUCGCCCAUGGUGCUCUACAGUGCGUUGACUGUAGUCUAUUUAUGACAGAACUUUGCACAUUUUUUUCUUUUCAUGUUGUUUUGUUUUGGUUCCUUCUGUGUGAGACUUCAUGUUGUUAUUAUUAGUUCAUAACCAGGAAAGCUGUUCUGCUCUCUGUCUUCUCUGCAAGGCCCUCCUCCUUCCCCUGAAUCUCAACGGGGCUUUCUGUUUGAGGAUAUCGUAACAUCUGCUUAUGUCAUCUCACAAAGGGUUAGCAAACAUGUGUAGACAAAGCACUGGGCUUGAAGCUUGGUUGAUAAUCAAUUCUGUCGUCACUUUUAGAUGGUUGUCUGCAGUGUAGUGUAUCAAACACAUGCUGCUGGGUUUAACUGGAAAUGGUUAACACAGGUUCAGGAAGUGUUUGUAUCUCACGUGAGGCUUUGCUCAAACCCUCUGAGUCAGGCAGUUACAGGACAGGUGUUUUCCAUCGUGGUUUUGGAUUUUUCUUACAUGAUUGAUCACUUUAGUCCCCCCCCCCAAAAAAAAAGUUCGGACCUGCUCAUCUGCUCUACAGGGUUGUUGAAAGAACCAGGUGGACACUUUGGUGAACCCAUGGUUUCCCUUUUUUUUCUUUUGAACAGAAUCCACCACGUUCAUGCUGACAGAUAUUUUAGAAUCCAGACAUCUUUGAGAUUCUUCAGCAGGAAACAGGAGCUCCAAGUUAAGACUUCUCGAAACCUCUCGUUUUGGUGUUGAAUCGACGAGUGGUCUAGUUCAUACAUAGCCACUAUCUGUGCUCUGGAAACCACAAUGGAGGAGCUGUGGGCUGCAUUACAUUUUAAAGGAAAUGGCAGGAAAUGGUGAACAGCAUCAAAGAAAACAGGAGCUAAAUGAAUUUAGCCGUUUUUUUCAUCCUUAGUUUUGACGUGAUGUUGAUGUCGGUACCGUCCCCCUCCAAAGGCUUAGUUUAAUUUCUUUUCACCAUUUCUCAAAUAACUGCAUUACAGUUAUUUGGAUAAAAAAUAACUGGACUAGUGAGACUGUGAGCUAUACCAGAUAAAAUCUCAGAAUAUAAUGAGUCACUUGUUGACCGUCACUGGGUUUGCAUAUUCGGCUCAAUAUGCUUGCACAAACAUACUGUACAUCCCAUUUGUGCAAGCAUAUUGAGCAGAAUAUUUCCAUCUUGUGGUUUGAUGAAUAGGAACACACAGAAAUAACAAAAUCACGGCAAAAAUGACAAUUAUGUUGUGUAAUUAAUUUAUUAUAUGCAAUCAACUUUGGUUAAUUUCAGCUUUUCGCUUGUCAUCUGUCUUCAGUAAAAAAAGAUAUAUUUGUGCUGUUCAUCUGUUAGAUUUGAAAAAAAAAAAUCGUCAUAGAGACAAAGACUACCAGCCGUUGUAGUUUCUGCUACAUUUCCUCAUAAAGCCAACACAAUUCAGGUAAAGUUUAAGGCCUUUAGCUUCCAACUAGGAGGAUUCUACUUUAUAUGGUCAUAGCUGUAAAAAACAGUGAGCAAAACACAUCCACUUUUUGUGUGCUAACGUCUGUUAGCUUGUUUUAGCUUCGCAUGUCAUUAGUUCCUCAAAGUGAAUCAGAAAAGCCUCACUGUGUCAGUAGUUCUCCUAACCUCCACAGGCAAUAUUAGGGUAGGGGCAAAUUUCAUUUGCGACAGAUGUCUUGCAUCAUCUAAAGCACGAAACAAACAUGCUAAUCAGGCUAAAACUCUAAUAUUAUAUGGUCUUUUUGGAAAGCACUGGCAUUAAUCUGCUUUUCUCAAUAGUGAUGAAUAAAUUACAGAUCUACAAUCUCAUAAUCUAGAAAUCAUGACUUAAAAUAAGAUUCAGGUUGUAGUAAACGUUGAGUAUUAUCAAGCAAAUCUUUAGCUGCUUCUCAGCUGGCUGGACCAUACUUCUUCCCAUAUAUGGGAACAAAUAUAAAGACUUCUCUGUCCUGCAGGGUAAACAGAGUCACAGGAGAACCUGUUCCCUUUACAUUCAGGACAGGCUUAUCCUCAGUCUGCCUCUUCUGUGUCAACAAUCAGGAAUUUCCUUUGUGCUGUACACGAGGGGGAGUAUUCAUUAUCUGAGAGAACCUUAACCUUAAACCGUAGCAGGGCUCAGCUAAUGUUCCACACACUCCCAAACAGCCUGUCUGUCGAGCACAAAUCAAGAAUGAUGACCUGCGAUCUUGGUGUCAGAACAGUGGGGUAUCUGGACACACCAGGGUGGGCUCAUGUGAGCACAGGCUAAUCCUCCUCAUGAAAAACAGCAGGUGUGCACAAAAUGCCGUUAACCCCCUGGACCUUUCCCUUAAACCCUUAAGUUCCCUGGUAUCGGAAAGCUCCUUGCUCCUUUUUCACCUCGCAAGAACAAAGGAUGAAGUCUUUGUAAAGUAGUCAUUGGAUCAGCCCUGCAGGGCAAAUUAAACAUGUCAGUAAGUGUGGAAUUGCUUAUUUUGCCUCUGCACAGUUGUAGCCAAAUUAGAUUUUUAGAUAAAGUGAAGCUUUAUUCACACUUUGAAAGGAAGACUGCUAACCAAAAAAACCUUUCAUAUGUUACGGUUUGUUUUGUCUCUUGACAUGGAAACUGACUUACUAAAAAAUAACUAAUUCAGGUUGUGAAAUGAGCUUACAGUUUGGUGUUAGAACCUCCACUGUCACAUUGUGGUUUAGCGGUAAAUCUGAGUUGUGGUCCUCUGAAAGAAAUUGUUCCUUAUCAUUACUCUGAUUUAGCAUCUAAAGGUGAGUCAAGCUGUUGGGUCAAGCUUGACCGCAAAGGAAGAAAGGCUUAUCUAUAAGGAGGGAGCAUGGGGAGUGCUGGGUGGAGCUUCGUCAGGUUGCUCAGAUCUAAUCGGGGAGUGUCUGACCAUCCUACAGCUGAAACAAAGGAGGGGGGAGGGGACAGAGGAAAGGACGUUGACUUUGCCUCCCUGAGGCUACAAAGUGUAGAUCUCAGGAAUAACGAGUUCUGGACGGAAGAGGAGAAAAAAAGAAGGAGGGGCCAUGGGAGGCAGAUUUGUCUGAAAUUCUGCCAGGGUCCUGGAAACUCACAGUCACUAAGACUCUCACUCGCUGCUUAAGUAAAGCCACUUCCUGUAUACUGUUUGCACUUUUUCACAUUUUGUCACACUCCAAUCACAGACUUCAGCGUCUUUUUGGUAUUUGAUGUGACAGACCAUCACAAAGUAAAUCUGAAAAGUGCGUCAUGCUCCUGAUGUCGAUGCACGGAGGAACAACAUUUUGCUGCAGUUGCAGCUUCAGGUCUUCUGGCCACCAAGUGGGAAUCUGUAAGGACUAAAAUGUUUGCGUAGCAACAACAACAGCAAAAAACAACCAAAUUUAACCUAAGUUUUAAACCAUAUAGCAGUAAAUUAUCGUAAAAUAUGUAGAGGCUUGUGGCUGCAGCACAACAAAAUGUGCAAAGGUUGAAGAGGAAGGAAUAGCUUUGAGUCUGGCCGUUGACCCUGAGCCCCACUGCAGUGUUAAGGUUGAAGGCUUGUGUUGGUGGGACACCUCAACAGUUAACAGGACACUCAGCCUGACAAGAACCUGGAGAUUGAUCUAAGGCAAGUCAAUCCUGGUUGCUUAGAAAUGGUGUCCUGUGUCCAUCGCUCCUCCCUCUCAUCAUUAAUAAGUUGUCAGAGGGAGUGGUUGGCGGACGCAGCUAAUCAGCGCUAAAAGCACCGUCCUCUCCUGUCCUCCCCUCCCAUUGGUCCAGCUGGGACAUCUGCGAGUACUCAGGCAUCCCAGUGUCUGGACAGGCUCAGAAAGUGCACACUCACCGCAUUAGACACUAAGUAGCAGAUAGAGUUCAUCAAUCUGCCUUUCCUGUGACCUCCAAACAACCACUUUAAAGAGCGGAGAGCCAGCAGAAAGCUGACCGAGCCGACGCGCCUCAGAGAUCGCCGCGCUCUGCCAGUUUCAGCAGCUUCUCGUUGUUCCGUCCCACUCGUUGUCUCCGGACACCGAGCGCGAGAGAAAUAUCGAACGAACUCUUGUCUGAGGUGAUUGAUGCGCGUGUUGAAGAGUUCAGUUAAUCAGCCCUACUCUCCAUCAGUGAGCUCUAUUUUCUGAUAGUAAAUCUCCCACCCCCUCUGCAUGCCUGGCCCUGGAAGCCCGGGGGAAUCAUCACAACAACAAUGGCCUGCUCUCUUCCUCUCUCUCUCUCCCCUCCCUCCAUUUUUCUCUCCUUCUCCUUGGAUGCACAUUUGCACAAAAACAUUAUUGUCUCCCUCAAUCCAACCUCAGCCAACCUUCCCUUUAGGAAACCGUUACGGCCUUUUUUUUUUUUAGAUCAGCUGUAACAGAAUUUGCUUAAACAAACACUCUACCUGUCGGCUCUGUUGCUUUCCUUAAGGCCUGGACCAGUAAGCAGUCGGUUCACUCUGAGGGUCUCAGAUGCCAGCGUGGGGAAGGCUCGGACAUGCUGAGCUGUCAUGUGUCUCAGGAUGUCUCUGUGUAAACACGGCAUGCUGUGAGCGUUCCUGGCUCAGCCCCGACCGCCAAGCUUUCAGCACAGAAAGCCUGACGCCUCCGAUUCCAUUCCACCGUUAUUUAGAAGGCAGCAGUUAGAGGCGGACCAAUCGGAGAUCUGUAUCAGAUAUCCAGCUUCCGCUAAGCUGUGGUCUGCCGUUUAUUAAUAAAAUAUUCGCAUUUAUCAUUUAUUUUAUUGUUUUUUUGGGGGGGUAUAAGGGGUUUGUUGAGCCAACACCUCACCAUGACGUCUGCUCUGAUGGCAUAAAAAUGGUCUGGAUACUUAAGAGUUCCACGUCUAGUUGUCAAAACACACCUUUACUGUUGUUAGCAUUGCAUUAGUAGCAGCUUCUGUGUGUUCCUUAGCAACUCUAGACCCUGAAAUGCCCAAAAGCUUGCCAACAUUUCCUUUGGUACAUGUGGCUCUCAUUCACUAGAAGCUCAGCAGGAGGAAAGAUGAUGAGAUAUGAGGACGACAUGCAGCACAUGGGUCAAGAGUCCAGUCCAGAACAGCUCUGUCACUGAGCCUCAAGGUUAACAAUAUUUCUGAAUUCAGCAUGUUCCACAACUUAGAGCGGUUCAAACAUCAAUCAGCUCAAACGCAGCCACGUCGCUUCAGUUUGUCCAGCUUUCCUGCCAGUCUGACCUGAAUGAAGUGCAGACACGUCUCAACACGUCAAAAUGUUUCCUUUUAAUCGUCUUCAUUUGCCUUUUAUUCUUCCUCCAAUUUUAUUUCUAAACAUUUCACUGACACUGAAGGUAAACAACUCUGACUCGUCCUCCGUCAGUAGCAACUUCCAUGCCAAAGAGUGUUUGUUGGUGUGACCAGGUAGCGCUGGUGUCCAGUGCAUUGACCGGUCAUCAGCCGGUUUCUCCGUGCAGCUCUGUGUUUGUCGUCACACCUCCGCUGAAGACGGACGGACAGCGAAGGAUCCGAAGAACAUACUGCCUCACUUUUCACUUAAGUCAGCUUUUGUAGUCUAGAUUGGUUGGGCCCCAGAGGACUGCGGUUUGCCCAGAUCCUCCUGUUUUCCCAGAAUGCCCCUCAGCUUGCUCACUGAGCCCAUCCACUUGGAAACCACUCAUUUUAAAUGGCCACUCCACUAACCCUCCAUGGGAAUGGAACAGAAACCAAGGCUUCCAAAUGACUUUCAGAGCCUUGAGAGGGCAACAGAUGAGUAAUCAUCGUGCCUCAUAAGGACACUCAAGACUGGUGGGCAGGCGACCUAAUAAAACUGCCUCUAUCCUCUAGUUGCAGCUACAGUAGAGACUGGCUUCACGCCGUUUGACUCUUUGUUUCUGUUAUUUUCUGUAAAAUAAAGAAUUUCAGUUUCAUCUCUGCCUGGGAUGAAAUGAUGAGGAAAAUGUGUUUUAAUUUCAUUGUUUAUAGCAUUCCAAUGAAUAUUUUGGAUGUGUUUUUACGUUUUUUGUUAGAUUUUUUUUUUUUUUUUUUACAUUUGUGUUGUGUUCAAUUCUAGUUUAGUGUGUUAACAAGCCAUGCUGGACAUGUACACAUUAAAAAGUGCUCUGAGAAAAGGAA